UCGCGUGUUGCUUCCACGCGGGAGGUUCAGUGUGCGUCUGGCCAGCGUGGAAGGAGGACACCGUCGUCGAGUCAGCUAGUCUGCCUGCUGUGGCGUGUGGACGAGCAGCCCAAUCCUCUCCGAAGCAGAGCCCGCCAUGCACACGCUGACGGCGGCGCUGGUGGCGUGCCUGGCGUCCCUGGCGUGGUCCCAGGCGGCCUCCAGCAGGCAGCUUCCGCCCGAGAUUUACGAGGAGUUCCGGAGCUUCGUGCACCGGAACGGCGGACACCUCCCGCUGCGGAACCAGGGCCGAGAGUACCCGCCCUCCCUCAGGCCUCCGCCGCCCCCCGUGCUCCGUCGCCCCCCGCCGCCACCUCCUCGGGCGGCCCUGAGGGAUCCGAAGAAGGCGCAGGCGGUGGCGUCUUCGAGUCCGCAGGACCAGAGACAGAAACAAGGGGCCGGCGGCUGCGAGACCACCGAGGGCUUCCACUUCGCGGGCGAGGUGUGGUUCCCGACGGGGUGCAGGCGGCGCAAGUGCAUUCACUUUCGCGGCAAAUUCUUCACGGAGACCGAUUCGUGUGAUUCGGAGAUCCACAACACAACCUACAAAUGCAUCGUGGAAGUAGAUUUAAAUGCCCAGUACCCUGCCUGCUGCCCCAAGUACCGCUGCAAUCCAGAUAACCUUGGAAAUAGCGUAAAAUAGAAAGGUGAAUGAUGGCAACAUCUCCAAAUGAUAAUUCAUGAUGGGACAGUAUAUCUGAGUGAGGUUCAUAAUGGCACUUUGUCAUUACUUUUGCUUGUAUGAUCAUCUUUGCUGAUCUGCUCAUGGCUACAAGGUUCUUGUUUGAAAACUUGGGUCUCUUUUAUGCUAGUCUUCCAUUUUCUUUUCUGAUUGUUUUUCAUCGAAAGGCAACUGUUCGUGGUAACUUCACUGCUUUCAUAUUGAUUUCUAUGUAUGGAUAUUUAUUCUAAGAUUGUACAAACACUCUCUAUGAUAAUAGUAAAACUUAUGAAUGGAAGAUAACAAUGGUGCCUAUAGCUUUUCCCUUGGAAGAUUUUCGAUACUUCAGAAUGCUGUACUUGUUUUAAUUCUGAUGUUUUUUCAAAGUCUAGGGUUAUUUAAAGAUCCAUAGACUUUCCUUUAUAGGAACAACCCCAACCAUUGAAUAAAAAUGAUGUUUAAAUAUGUUUUAUGUCUCCAGUGUUCUCCCUCUUUGGGAACAAUGACUUAUUUCCCAUUCCACUGAUUUUGUUUCAUUUCACUUUUUCUGCUGAGUAUGAAGCGGUGGCUUUGCUGUUCAAUAUUGUUAACUGUUAUCACUAUUUUUUUCUACUGUUACUGGUGUAAAGUCAAUCAUAUCGAAUGCUAUGUAUGGAAAACAAAGUUUA